AGCAUCACAUCAAUGUCCCUAAUAGCAAUGCAGAUGGAAAUUAUGUUCUAGCAUUUCACAAACAGGCUGGUUAGAUGAUUUAUGGAGGCUCUAUAUUACUAACUUAAUUGAUAUUUAUACCGAAAGGAUGAUAAAUCCACAUUGGGAAUUAUGAAACUGGUUUAAUUAUGCAGUCCAUCACUUAUCAACCCAAACUAACAUGGCCCAGUUUGUAAUUCUUAGGCUAAUCUUCUAACCUUCAUGGUUAGAAACGUCUGUCAUCACCAAGAUCAUGCAUAAGAGCCUUGUAGUACUGUUGUAUUUGUUGAAGGCUUGAUGGUUGGUCAUAAAACGUUCAUAAACCUCCAUUGUUCAGGUGCGAGGGUGAUCCUGGCUUGCAGAGACAUGGGCAGAGCCAACAGAGCAGCAGAUGAGGUCAGGAAGAGGAGUGGAAAUGGCAAUGUGAUUGUGAAGAUGCUGGAUCUGGCCUCCUUGCAGUCUGUCCGAGCUCUGGCCAAAGAUGUACAGCAGGCUGAGGAGAGACUGGAUAUUCUCAUUAAUAAUGCUGGGAUAAUGAUGUGUCCACAGUGGAAGACAGAAGAUGGCUUUGAGAUGCAGUUUGGUGUGAACCACCUGGGUCAUUUCCUGCUUACCAACUUACUUCUGGACUUGUUGAAGAAAUCAGCACCCAGCCGUGUUGUCAAUGUUUCCAGCCUGGCCCAUGAGACAGGCAAGAUUAAUUUUGAUGAUAUAAACCUGGAGAAAAACUAUGAUGCACACACAAGUUAUCGACAGAGCAAGCUGGCAAAUGUUCUGUUUACCCGGGAACUAGCUGUCAGACUGAAAGGCACCGAAGUGACAACGAACGCUCUUCAUCCUGGGGUGAUCCAUACUGAGCUGGGCCGACACCUUCUCCCCUCUCUGCCUCUAUGGAAAAGGCUUUUGUUCUUGCCCCUUUUUUUCUUUGUCAAAACCCCUUGGCAGGGUGCGCAGACCACCAUCUACUGCGCAGUGAAUGAGAGUCUGCAGAAUACUAGCGGACUUUACUACAGUGAUUGUGCACCCAAAGAGGCAGCUCCUCAGGGUAGAGAUGAUGCUGCAGCCCGCAGACUGUGGGAUCUCAGUGCUUCUAUGGUGGGCCUGGCUUGAGACAAGACCUUGCCCCGUGAAAAUCACUCUCUUCAUUUAAAAAUCAGUUUGUCACAUUUCCUGUGUAGAUUGUGCAUUUCAAAUUUGCAGACUAGUAAAUCUGCUACUUUAUAUAAAGUACAGAGAGCCAGUUUAAGAAUGUAGCAAAGUAGUGUUUCGGUGUGCAGGAUGAGGCUGGCUCUGUAACAAAGUGCCUAUGCAAUGAGAUGAACUGCAAUAUGAAGUGUGAAUUUCAGCAUUAAAUAAUUAGUGAGAUUUUAUAUACUGUAAUGCCAUUAGCCAUUUUGCAUAGCGUAAUUAGACAUUUAAUGUACCUUUUAAAAAUAGAUUUCAUUGCCAGUACUUAUGUAAUUUGUUAC